UGUGUGUGUGUGUGUGUGUGUAUGUAUGUUGGGGAUGACCCUCUUCUGUUAUGCUCAGCCUGCAGGUUUUAGUCCUUCAACACACUUUGCUGAGAUGAAUGCGUUCUACAUCGUGAUUGAAGUAGUAAUUGCGGUUCUCUCCAUAUCCGGCAACGUACUGGUUUGCUGGGCCGUCGCGAUAAACACCACUUUGAAGAACGCCACCAACUAUUUCCUAGUGUCCCUGGCUGUGGCUGAUAUUCUGGUCGGUUGCCUCGCCAUCCCCUUUGCCAUAACCAUCAGCAUCGGCAUAGAUCUGGACUUCUACGGAUGCCUCUUCCUGGCCUGUUUCGUCUUGGUACUGACUCAAAGCUCCAUCUUCAGCCUUCUUGCUAUUGCAAUUGAUAGAUAUCUGGCCGUCAAAAUUCCUCUGAGGUACAAGGAGUUGAUGACGGGAAAGACCGCCAGAGAGAUCAUCGCUAUCUUAUGGAUCCUCUCCUUUGUCAUCGGCCUCAUCCCCUUCUUUGGCUGGAACUUGAAGUACACGAGCUGCAGGAACGGCAGCUCUGGGGCGGACAACACUACGAGGGUCGGCGGAGACUUAGUACAGAGCUGCAACCUCAGGUGCUUCUUUGAGAGCGUGGUGGACAUGCACUACAUGGUCUACUUUAACUUCUUUGUGUGCGUGCUGCCUCCGCUGCUCAUCAUGCUGGGCAUUUACCUGAAGAUCUUCACUGUGGCCAGGAAGCAGCUGAGACAGAUCGAGCUGAAGUGCGUGGGUAACGGGGACAGCCAUCACCACGGGCUGCUGCAGAAGGAGAUCCGGGUGGCCAAAUCCCUCUCCAUCAUCGUGGGACUGUUCGCCGUCUGCUGGCUGCCCGUCCACAUCCUCAACUGCCUCACGCUGUUUUACGAGGAGCUGCAUAAGCCCGAGAUUGUCAUGUACGUUGCCAUCAUUCUGUCUCACGCCAACUCCGCGGUCAACCCCGUCAUCUACGCUUACCGCAUCCAGGACUUCAGGAACACCUUCCGAAAGAUCCUGACCCAGCACGUCCUUUGCCGCAGGGAGGAGCUGUACGUCAGCUCCAACAGCAGCAGAAGCAACAGAGAACAGAUCACCAUGACCAUCGACCCUCUGCCAUAGAGAGAGCCGGCACUGAGGGGAGUUUCAUCUGCGUCGACUCUGAUGUUUCGGUCUUGACUUUAAUUUCCACUGAGGUUUAUAUGUUUACAGAACGAGGGUGAUAUGUGAAGAACCGAUGUCAAAUGCGAGUUGAAUGUGGACAUUUAUUUAUGAAUCAGGGGUCAGGCAGUGUGAUGUUGAAUGGCAAGUCUUACGUAACCCUUUGUAUUGUGAAGGAUUUCAGAUUUAAAAAAAAAUGUUGAAGCUAACUGGAUUUGUAGGACUGUGAACCGGAUCCAAACUACAUUCUAUAAUGCUAUUUAUCAUUCUGAAUCCCCUGUUUCAACUCCAAACACUCCCUUUGCCUUGCUAUUUUAUACUGUCAGUGUUUAUUAAUUUAUUUAAAGAUCAAAAAACAUCAUGUGGCUAGAACUGUGCUUGUGGACCUGGAGAGGCACAAUGGUAGUAAUCUACAUCUGUGGUUGUUUUUGGCUCGUGGCCCUUUCAUGAAUUCAUACUGCAUCAUUCUACAAAAAGAUUUUCUGUAUCAAUACUUUUAUUAUAGCAGAGAUGUUCUUCAGCUGUUGCUUCAACUAUGCCAGUGUUGUCCUGCUGCUGCACUAGUAAAUCCUCCACAACGUAAUGUUUGUACAGGCGGAGGGACACGCUCUUCAACAGAGGGAUCACAAACGACAAGGACCCUCAUACAUACUUAAUUAGAAGUAAAGGGGGGGAGUGCUUUUGCUUGACAAAACAGAAAUGCUUGAUCCCAUGAAUCAUCUCCCAUCCCAAAAUGACCCCUGUGGCUAAAAGCAUUGUUGUGGCGACUAAAUAAACAGCAAGAUCUGGUUCAGUCUAGCAGACCCAGACAUAAGAAGUAGUUUAGCAAAACACACCUGCGGCGGCGGUGCUCCAUAUAAUUUCCAUGUUGACGUUUCUUCAGACAAAAGCUCAGGAAGUGGGAAAAUGAUUGUACCCUUUAUAAAAAAAAAAAAAGAUGGCAUCUGCACAGAGACAUUUAGCUUUGAGCAAUCACAUGUCACAUUUGAUACAUUUUUUUUUUCCCCAUCAUCCAAGCUUCUGGCCCACAUGCAUCUCGUGGCAUACAUCGCAUAAAGCACCAUUGACAUUGACCCCCCCCCCCCCCGUUCCCUCAGACUUAGCUGGGAUCCUGAGGCUCUCAUACAGUCAGACCUCCAAAAAGCUGCUGAAGUCACUGACUGAACUCAGAUGAUCAGUUUCAUUUGAGAAAACAUUCCUGUUUAAAGGGUGAAACCUCUAAAAUAUGUUGCACUGAGGACUCAAUUCGCUUUACUCUUUAGCGCUACUAACAGCGCUCGCAAAGAUAGGCGACCAGUCCAGCUGAACCCCCAAAAAAUAGUAUGUCAUUUUGAAGUAGGUAACAAUAAUGAAAUGUUUUCUGAGAAGCAAAUUCUUACUUCUUUGCACUCGACGGUGCUCGUACGCAGCAUCAUAGUUUGAGGCAAUACAGCUGCAGCACUGCUUUCCACCGUGUCUAAUGUUAAAGCACCUUAAAGUGCGUCGUCUCGUCUCUUGAUUUCGCAGCGGUCGGCAGUAUUGUGAAUGGUCCUGUUGAGCUUAUAAAACUGAAGAAAUUGGCGUAAGGUGACAAAAACAAAUUGAAUUAAAUCAGAGCAAAGCACAGUGUUGUUUGGAGUAUUACUUGUGAAAAAAAAAAAAAAAAUGAGGGUCACCUCAGAGCCAUCACUACACAAAUGAAAACACAUUGCACUGACAUUUUCGAUUAUUUCCUGUUUGGUGUGCUUUAUUGUUGGUGGUGAACCAUGUCAUGUUGGUGUUUUAAGAAGUGUCGAGCACCACUGCUUCACUAUCGCCCGUCAUGUCCAGUAUACCACCUCUAACUAACUCCAAGGGCUAAAUACGGGAGUGUGCCAAAGUUUUAGUACAUUCCAAUGGAGACAUCUACACUGUAACUGCACUGUACUGUUGUGUCAUUGUCUUUGUUGAUUGACGUGUAAAAAAUAAGUACUGUAGGUGUCCAACUUUCUACAAGCUAUUGAUCGAUGUCAAACAAUUGCCUUCUUUUGUGAUUUUAAAAAAGGUAAGAUGGACGAUAAGUUGAUCUCGUUUCAACAUUCCUGCCUUUCAUUCCGAAGUACCUAUCAGUCUGUCAGUAUGCUAUAGUGUUGUUGUACUAAUCAGGAGAAACAUCCACUGUGGUCACGCUGAUGUUCAAACUGAGAGGCCAUUCUUUCUUUCUUUCAACACAACUGCAACUGCGAACGGAUACUGCUAUUUAACAUGAUGCAACCUGUAUGUAUGGUGGAUUAUUUUGUUGAUAAAGGCAAUAUUUAUAUUGUUACAGAUCA